UGGCGCCACCCUGGGCGCGCUUGCGGGGCCCAAGGCCGCGCUGCCCACUCGUUCGGCGCCCCUGGGACCCCCUUGAGGGGCCGGGGCAUGGAGGCAGAUGCGGCGAGCGCCGGGGGGGCCAUGGCCGAAGAACGCCCCCCCCCGGCUGGUGGACUACUUCGUGGUGGCCGGCCUGGCCGCGGGGGCCGGCGAGGACCGCGAGGCCCCCGGGGGCCCGGCCCCGCGCCCGGCGGACCCCAUCACGGACGUGGCGGUGGUGGCCCGGGCCCUGGGGGAGGAGGUGCCCCAAGGCUUCACCUGGGUCCAGGCCUCGGCCGGCGGCCACCCCCUGGAGCAGGGCCCGGGCCUCCUGGCCGGGCCGCCCCCCGCCAUCUGCUACCGCCGCGGCCGUGACAAAGCUCCCCUGGUGGAGCUGGGGGUGCUGUACGAGGGAAAGGAGCGGCCCAAGCCCGGCUUCCAGGUGCUGGACACGACGCCCUACAGCCAUUCGGCCAACCUGGCCCCGCCGGGCCCCGGCCACCCGCGUACCUACCUCACCUACCGACGGGCAGCCGGCGGGGCGGGCCUGCACACCCUGGGCAUCACCGACCUGUGCCUGGUGCUGUCCGGCCGGGGCGAGGGCACCCCGCACACCUACCGCCGCGUGCCCCGCGGCCUGCGCCCCAGCCUGUGGGGCCCGGCCGUCUACCUGUGCUACAAGGUUGGCAUCGCCAAAGCCCACACCCUGGUCUACGAGGCAGGGCUGCUGGGCCGCUACCCGCCGGAGGACAACGAGGCUUUCCCGCUGCCCGAGUCGGUGCCCACCUUCUGCCUGCCCACGGGUGCCACCAUCGAGUGCUGGCCCUCUCGCACCAAGUACCCCGUCCCCGUCUUCUCCACCUUCGUCCUCACCAGCGCCACGGGCGACAAGGUGUACGGGGCGGCCCUGCAGUUCUACGAGGAGUACCCGCGCGCCCGCCUGUCGGAGCGGCAGAGCCGGGCGCUGGGCCUGCUGAGCGCCGUGGAGCGGGGCCGGGCGCUGGGGGGCCGGGCCGUGCGGGCCCGCCGGGCCGUGGCCGUCCUGUCCCGCUGGCCGGCCUUCCCGGCGUUCCGCGUCUUCCUCACCUUCCUCUACCGCUAUUCCGUGUCCGGCCCCCACCGCCUGCCCCUGGAGGCGCACAUAUCGCACUUCAUUCACAACGUCCCCUUUCCCUCUCCCCAGAGACCCCGCAUCCUUGUACAGAUGUCCCCCUAUGACAGCCUCCUCCUCUGCCAGCCCGUCUCCUCCCCGCUGCCCCUGAGCGGCGCCAGCUUCCUGCGGCUGCUGCAGAGCCUGGGGCCGGACCUGGCGGUCACCCUGCUGCUGGCCGUGCUGACCGAGCACAAGCUCCUCGUCCACUCCCUGCGGCCGGACCUGCUGACCGGCGUCUGCGAGGCCCUGGUCUCGAUGAUCUUCCCGCUGAACUGGCAGUGCCCGUACAUCCCACUGUGCCCGCUGGUGCUCGCGGACGUGCUGAACGCCCCCGUCCCCUUCAUCGUGGGCGUCCACUCCAGCUACUUCGACCAGCACGACCCACCCGCCGACGUCAUCUGCGUCGACCUGGACACCAACACGCUCUUCCAGACGGAGGAGAAGAAACUCCCGUCUCCCCGCUCUCUGCCCCGCCGGCCUUACAGAGUGCUCCUGGCCACGCUGACCGCCCUCCAUCAGCAGCUGGACCAGACGUACACGGGUCCGGAGGAGGAGGCGACGCUGGAGUUCGUGCUGACCGACUACGAGGCCGUGUGCGGCCACCGGGCACGGCUGGAGCGGGAGGUCCAGUCCGCCUUCCUGCGCUUCAUGGCCUGCCUGCUCAAGGGCUACCGCGCCUACCUGCGGCCCCUCACCCAGGCCCCCUCCGAGCGCGCCCGCGACGUCGCCAACCUCUUCUCCCUGCAGGAAUUCCUGAAGUCGCGGGAGCGUUCGAGCCACAAGCUGUACGGGCAGCUUCUGCGCACGCAGAUGUUCUCGCAGUUCAUCGAGGAGUGCUCCUUCGGCGCCGCCCGCCCCGGGCCCGCACACGCCACCGCCGCCGCCGCCCUCGAGUUCUUCGACUCCUGCGUGGACAAGGUGCACCCAGAGCAGGAGAGGCCCGAGCCGGUGCCCCUCCUGGAGCUGGAGGAACCAACCGGCAGCGAACUCACCGUCUUCAUCACCCCCCCCGAGGAGCCCCCCGCCCCUGAGGGUGCCGAGCCACCCCCCAUGUACUGUUACGACGGGUUCCCCGAGCUUCGGGCCGAGCUGUUCGAGCCCCCCGAGGAGGCGCCCGCCCCCUCGGCCGCGGGCCCCCCGAGGAGCACCCCCAGCAGCCCCGCUCCCCGGAGGUCCAAGCAGGAGACGAAGGUGGCCCAGCGGGCGGCCCAGCGGGCGGCGGCGGUGCCCGAGCUGUGGGCGCGCUGCCUGCUGGGCCACUGCUACGGGCUCUGGUUCCUGUGCCUGCCGGCCUACGUGCGGGCCGCCCCCUCCAAGGUCCAGGCCCUCCACGCCGCCUACCAAGUGCUGCGCCACAUGGAGCGGCGCAAGGUCGUCCUGCCCGACGAGGUGUGCUACCGCGUGCUGAUGCAGCUCUGCUCCCACUACGGACAACCGGUGCUCUCCGUCCGCGUGCUGCUGGACAUGAGGCGAGCGGGCAUCGUGCCCAACACCGUCACUUACGGCUACUACAACAAGGCGGUGCUGGAGAGCCGGUGGCCGGCGGGCACCGCGGGCGGACGGCUGCGCUGGGCCAAACUCCGGCACGUGGUUCUGGGGGCCGCCCAGUUCCGCUGGGGUCUCCGGGAGCGGCGGCGGCGGGAAAAGCGGGAGGCGGCCCGGCCCCGGCCAGAGCGCCCGCGGGACGACCCCCAGGAGCGGGCCCUGCCCGUCCACCCCUUGAAGCGGCAGACCACGUGGGCCGGGCGAAGCCUCCGGGAUUUGGCCCGCUCCCCCGGGCGCCUGGUGAAGAGCAGCAGCCUGGGCAGUGCCCGCCUGGACCAACCCAGCGUCGAGGCCGGGGUGGCGCAGAUGAUGGAGGCCAUGGGCGCCCUGGACCCGCACGGGUCACCGUGGCCCAACGGCAGCCUCUCGGACGUGAGCCUGGCGGCCAGCGAGGAGCCGGGCCCCCGGCCCUCGACGGCGGCCACGGCCCGGCAGACCCCGUCGCCCCGGUCGGAGCGGGCCGGGGGGACCCCGCGACGGGGGCUGGCCGCCCGGCUGCAGCACCUGCUGACCCCCGCCCGCCGCAGCCCCCUGCGCCCACCUCCCGACGUGGGCACCGCCCGGCCCCGGGAGCGACCCGGCUCCACCGCCUCCGAGAGCUCGGCUUCCCUGGACGUCGAGUGGGACCCGUCGGACACCUCGGGCAGCAGCCUGGGGCUCCAGCCCUCCGUCGAGCGACUCGGGGACACCCCCCCACCCUGCCAGCCGCCCCCCAUUGAGGUGCUGUUGUCCAGCUGCUCUCUGUGCCCGGCCUGCGACUCGCUGGUGUUCGACGAGGACAUCAUGGCCGGCUGGGCCCCGGAUGACUCGAACCUCAACACCACCUGCCCGUUCUGCGCCCACCCCUUCGCGCCCCUGCUGAGCGUACAGAUCCUCGACGCCCGGCCCAGCGGGCCGCCCGCCGCCCAACCCGCCAGGGACGCCCCCGUGCCCGGGGGGCCCGGCCCCGUCUUGAGCGACCGCCGCCUCUGCCUGGCCUUGGACGGCCCCGACGUCCGCAACGGGGCCUUGCCCGUGGCGCCUGCUGCCCGGCGCCAACCCGGGGGCGGGGCCUGGGCCUACCUCAGCCCCCUGGUCCUGCGGAAGGAGCUGGAGUCGCUGGUGGAGCACGAGGGCAGCGAGGUCCUGGCCCGGCCCGACCUGGUGGCCGCCCACCCCGUCCUCUUCUGGAACCUGCUGUGGUUCUUCCAGCGCCUCGCGCUGCCCAGCACGCUGCCCGGCCUGCUGCCCGCUCUGGCCCCGGCCUACGACGGGGAUGCUGCCGCCCAGGCCCCGGCCCCUCGGCCGCCCCCGGCCCCCGCUCAGAUCCGGCUGCUGUGGGAUGUGCUGACCCCUGACCCCUCCAGCUGCCCGCCCCUCUACGUGGUCUGGAGGAUGCACAGCCAGGUCCCGCAGCGGGUGGCAUGGACGGGCACGGUGCCACCCGCGCUGAGCCUGGAGCUUCUGGAGGGCGUCUUGUUCCACGUGGGACUGGGAGAGCUUCACAAGGCCAUCGCCCUCCUCAUGGAGACGCUGAGGGGUCUCUCGUCACCGACUCUGCGCCUGCAGAGGAGUGUCUACAGGGAAAUCCUGUUUCUCACCCUGGCAGCCCUGGGCAAGGACCACGUGGAUUUGGCCGCCUUCGACAAGAAGUACAAGUCGGCCUUCACCAAGCUGGCGGGCAGCGUGGGCAAGGAAGCGCUGCAGCGGCAGCGGGCGCAGAUGCCCAGCGCCAAGGCCGUCGACUGCCGCAGGUGCUUCGGCGGGGGUUCGCUGGAGUGCUAGCGUCCGGGCCGGGGGGCACCGACCUCAACCCCUUCGGACCCCCCGCUCCGUGGGCGGGACGGAGCCGGUGCCCUCUCCCCGACGCCGUCCCAGCUGCGAGGUGCCCUCGACGUCCCUGGCAGAACCCCACCCCGUUUGCGUUUUUCAUUUUAAGUUAUUAAGCCCGGCCGUCGUCGCCGCCUGUGCCCCUGUGCCCCGCAUCUGUGCAAUAAGGACGGACCUCCGUGCGGUUUGUGGUGGGUGUAAAUAAAAGCUGCUGCUUCACUUUU